GCGGCAAUAGCGUCGGUAACGUAGGAAACUAAUAUACCACGCAUGGAAGGUUCGCGUCUUGGCUAUAUCUCCAGCAGAAGUCUGUAUUAUCAACAAUCUUCCUUCAAUUAGCGUAUAGCGUGGAAACGAACCUAUAAAUUCGUGUCUCAUUUGGUUUCAUUGAGCCACGUGCUAAAGAUUAGAGAGGGUUUCACAAUGUUUCAGAAAAAGUUUCUCGCCGAUCAUUACAUCUUUUAAAACGUCGAGGACGCUCGCCAAGAGGUUGGAAAAUGUCAAUGUAAAUAAAAUUUCCGUCAUCGCGUUUUCGUUGUUGCGACACCGUUGAUUGCUCCCGUUGCUCAGUCGAACGCAAUCUGAAUCAGCAUCUAGAAGUCAGCCGUGAAUAUCGUGUCAUGAUGAAUUCCUGCAGGAGGAGGAACGAGGAGACGUUGACGAAAGUCUUGGACCUGUUCUUGCUGCCGGAUUACAACGUCGUCUCGACUACCUACCUGGACCACUUGCUCACUCACAUCAUGGAGAACACAAAGGAAUGUGCUACAGUCGACUACGAAUACUGCGAGGUCUUUCAGAAGUGGAUACCGAAGGCCCUGGCGACAUGGGAGUCAGGGGAUCAGAAGGCCUCGCAACCUGUGAUUGCGUUUACACUGAAGUUAGUUGGGAUCAUCUCACGGAAUGAAUUGCGCUAUCACUAUUGGCAGUGUCAGGAUGUGUACAAUCGUCUCUACAAGAUCCUGCAAUUACACAGGGAGGAUUUGCCUGCUUCCAUUAAAAUGGCGUAUACCACAAUGCUAUCGGACCUGAUUGCUCAUCGAAGUGGCAGGCAGUGGGUGAUACAGUCUGGUGUAUGGAGGGACGUUGUGAAUUACGCACAUUGGAAUCAGACAAUGUAUGUUACUAGGGAAAGUCAGAGGUUUCUCUGGACCCUGCUGCUGCACGAGCAAAAGAACAUCGAAACGUGUAAGGAGAUUAUUCUGGCGAUCGCCGCUCCUUUAAUGAGCAACAUUCUAGACGUACAAAUGCACCAGGCCUUGGAGGAAACUUAUCUGGAGCAAAACAAACUGCUGUGCUCUACGCUGGAUCUGUUGACGAGCAUCUUAGAGAAUACUCUGUUUGCGAGUCUGGACAAUAGCAUUCCCGAAUUAAUUGAAAGUCUCGUGGACCUUGAGAUGCGAGUGAAGGCGUUGUUCGAGGCCAGUAUCAGCACCAGAUUCCUCCAGCAUGUGCACAAGCUGCUGUUGCUAUCGCUGUUUUUGAAGCUGAAGCAGGGAAUCAAAGAGCACACGACCAUGAUCGAUGUCGACGCCUGGCACAAGUUCUGCUAUGGUCUGUGCUACAUUUCCAUGAUGCUGCUGUCAAAAAAAGACAUUAUAGAGCUAGUGAGGAACAACAAGAUCUCUAUGACAUAUUGGAAAAAGUUGCUUGCGGUGCACGAGUUUGUUUUGCCAGAGCAGCACAAAUUUGAGCAUCAAGCCAUUGCUUUAAUGAUAAUACCGCUGUGCGUAUGUAUAAAGAAGAACGAGAAGACUCACGAUCUCUUUGAUAUGUUCAUUAGUAAAAUCUUUGACGUAACAUGUAUACCCGUGCAAAGGUUAGCCUACAAUGUCAGAGACAUCAUACGAAAAGGGGAUCUUCCGAUGGAGCAGAUUUGUAAAGUUUCUAUCGAUCUUCUCCUUGAAAUAUCGGACAUAAUGGAUAGAGAUGUAGCUGUGAUUACUUUUCAGACUUUUUGCCACGUCUUGAAAAGUUAUAUGCCGGCCACGUGGGGAUGUGAGCAAAAGACAAAUUGUAUGCCGUCAGAAAACAGCACUUCUCCCUCAGAACAUCAACGGAAGUUUCCGUUCAAAUCGAUAUUGGAUGGCGAUCCCAUAAUCGAUCACCCUAUUUUAUUGGCGUCGCUGCUCGACGGUCUGGCCAUUAUGACAGAAAAAUUUAAACUGAAAUGGCAGGAGUGCGUGGAAACAAUAUGUGUGUUGUCCCUCGCACAGGAGAUUCUUAAUCAUCCGGGAAUACUAACAACAAUCUGUGUGAAGGCGUUGAAACUGUGCAAACUUGCUAUCCAUAACUUUAUGCCGCCUAAUUUGGCGCUACUCGUGGACUCGGACAGCCAGAUGAACGAGAUUGGACCCACACUCUUUAAAAGAUUGCACGAUCCCAACUGGGAGGUGAGAGACAGUGUUCUCGAGGUUCUGAACACCAUUGCGACUAUUUCCGAAGACAAAUAUCCGGCAUUCCAAGACUUCUUAUUACUCAAUCAGUUUCCAAAAGUGGCGGUUGAAAUCAUUAAAACAGAAAGUGAGAGUUAUGUCCGAGCGUCAGCGUUAACGUUUAUCGCAACUAUGGUGCGCAUCAACAAGCUGUGGGAGCAGCAACUAUCACAAGUAGAUUUAACUGAAACAGCGAUUUAUCUACUGAAGAAUGAAAGUGAAGCGAUAGUCAGGAGAGAAGCUGUGAACCUAAUCAAGGAAUUAUACGUUCAUCAAAAGUGGUCGAAAGAGAUCAUCGAUUUAAUGUUGCGAGCGAUGUGCGUAGCAGCUGUGUUUGAUUUACAUUGGGAGGUAAAGACAAAUGCGUUAUCUUUUUGGGAUCACUUCGUUAAGUCGCACUUGACGGAUCAAGGGAUGCUCGAUGAUUCAUUUCCGAACGUGACGUUCUCCAAGGAGCAUAGGAAGAUCGUGGCAUUGAACGAAAAUGAAAUUAAGCGGAGGCUCAAUAAGGCACUGGACGAGUUGGCGAGGCAGAGUUGUCUGGGCGUGCUUCUGGUUACCCUGAAAGACGACAGCGACUUUGAGGUGUGUAAAGUGUCCGCCAUGAUAAUCGGCAAGCUGAAAACCUGCUUGCUCAAGUAUAAGCUGGAUGAACCACCGUCGCCGGUGGAAAACAACGCGACGAUGGACACUGUCUACAUCAAAGAAGUAUCUCCCAUUUCCUCGUCAAUCUGCGAGAACGAGAAAACGCGAAGUGCCUUCCAUGUUAUUGAGGAGAUCGUAGACGUAAACGAUGCUCAUCUACUCGCGACCAUUUACAAGAACUCCAUGAAUAUGGAUACCGAGAUGAUAACAGAAGAGGAGGAGGAAGAGAAAGAGGAAAAGAAGACUCUCCGUUACAUUUCGUCCGUGACGCGCCAGGAUUUCCUCCACGCGAUCUUCAACUGCGACAUCACUGCGUAUAUCGAGGAAAAGAAUCGGUGGCUUAAGACGUACACUAGUAGCUUCGAGUCGAUUCUAGAUGACAUACUGACGAUGUACAAGCAGAAUGACGUCAAUUCAAUGGACUGCUACUAAACUUGUGGGGAUGUCGCUUCAUGCAUGUCUUAACACACAAAAGGCUGGUUAUUUAAAAACUGAAUGCUCCGAAGAUUGGCAAGUCUUCUAAAGAAGAGUUUUAUCACAAAAAGAUUGUACGUAUUUAAGUACACAGACAUAAAUUAUUCUUUAUAUCUACAUCCAUUUGUAACAAUUGCAUCGGUUUUCGAAAUUCUAAACUUCGUCGUCAGUUACUUGCACAAAAUAACAUUGGCCAAGUGUGUUGAGCAGGAUGUGCUUUUCCUCUUUACAGGGAAAUAUGUUAAUUGUAUAAUUGUUAAAUACUGCAUGUAUAAAUGCAAGGUAAUAGUUAAUACAUAUGUGUAUGUAUAUAAUUGAAUACGUUCCUGAAAUGAUCAAAAUUGAGCGCAGAUAAUUUAUUUUCAACAUCUAUAUACAGCAAGUCUCUCCAAUAAUUCUUACAAAUUGAACAUUCUGCUUUUAUUUUUCUUAUGUGUAUAUACAUAUAUAUAUAUAUAUAUAUCUUUCUAUCUGUGCUCUUUUAGUCUAAUGUUUUUCUUCUACGUAUACAUAUUUUUCUUAUUUGAAUAGGAAGCAAGAGGCUAUGUAAUACUCUUGUUUUUAUUUUAAGUAAAUUUUAUUACACAUGUAAUGGCACAUGCUUAGUAGCAUUGAAAUUUUGUAUAUUGUUAAUGUAAACAAUAAAACAGGAAGCUAAAAAAUUUA